AUGAUAGGUACACAAGAGAUUCCAGAAAUAUAGAACAAAGUUCGUAUACUUGAUGGAAAAUAUUAAAUUUUGUAUACAAUCGGUGAAGGUCGCUAUGCAAAAGUCAAAUUGGGAAUAGACAUGGAAACAAAGAAAAAAGUGGCUAUAAAAAUUAUGAGAGAACAAAGUAUUACUGAUGAAAGCAGCCUUGAAUUAUUUAUUAACGAAGUUAAAAUAUUAAAUUAAGUUACUCCAAAUCCCAAUAUUGUUUAGUUGCAAAGAGUGUGUCUCAAUGGUAAAUACACAAAAUGCGACGGUAGAGAGUUUGGUGUCUUAUAUUAUGUAAUGAAAAUUGCUGAAAACGGAGAGUUAUUUAAAUUUCUAAUGCACACAUCUAAGUUUGAAGAAGAUCUUGCAAGAUUCUUUUUCAAGCAAAUUUUAGAAAGCAUAGAAUAUUUGCAUUAAAAAGGAAUCUCUCAUAGAGAUAUAAAACCAGAAAAUAUUCUGAUUGACAAAAAACUCAAUAUAAAACUUUGUGAUUUUGGAUUUUCUGCAAGAUGUAGAAACGAUAAAGGACAAGUUAUUUUAUUUGAUUCAUCUGAACCAGUUGGUUCACCUGAAUACAAUCCUCCUGAAAUAACAUAAAAUUAAUAUAGUGGUAUUAAAUACAAUGCAGAACCUAUUGAUUUAUUUUCCUCAGCCUGUGUACUCUUUAUGAUGGUCAUGAGUAGUGCUCCUUUUGGAAGUACAAGCUCAAGUGAUAGAUACUACUCUCGCUUUUGCAUGGACAACAAGAAUAAUUUCUGGAAAAUAUUUGCUUAUAACUACAAGCCUACAAACGAAUUCAAAGACUUAAUGCACUCUAUGCUUGAGCGUGAUCCUUAAAAAAGAAUAACUGUACAAUAAAUUAAAAUGCACCCAUGGAUGAACGGUCCUAUCCCUACUAUUGAGGAAGUACAAUAAUAAAUGAAUGAAAGAAUAUCUAUAGUUUUCAAUAAAACUCUUGAAGAGCUUAAGCAUAAAUUAGAAAAUAAGGGAUUGAGUAAAAAGGAAAAACCUCAUACUAGACCCCUGAGCAAUAUUGAUGGAUUAAAAAAUAAAUACCUCAAAUUAGUGCAUGAUAUAAAUUAAUAAAUUUUAAGAAAGAUAUAAAAUGUUAAAAAACAAAAAAUCUUACUAAAAUAAGCACAACCCGAGUCUAAAGAAAAUAUUCCUCAUCCAUUAGAGGAAUGUUUACUAAAGUAGAAUGAAGAUUUUAUUAUUGAAUUUUAAGAUCAAUAAUUUUUAACAAAUUAAAAUAUUUCUUCCUCAGAAAACCUAUAAAAAAACAGUGUAGCUGCUUCGUUUUUGAACCAAACUGUUAAUCUUUCUACUUAAAAAAUAUAAAAUAAACCAGAAAAGGAAUCAUUAUCUAAGAUUUCUCUAACAGGAAUGUAAAAGACAACAUCUGGUAACUUAGAAGAAUCUAAAACUGACAGUAAGCCUGCUCAUGUUGAAGAAGAUGACUUUAGCAACGUAGCCCCUUUUAAAAAAUAUUCUUGGUAAAGCAAAGACGAUUCUUUCUUUGCAUCUAGCUAAAAGCCAUUAAAGAUUGCAGCUGUUUAAUUCAACGAUGAUUUUAAUUUACUUAAUUAUUAAUAAAAUGAAUUCUUUAAUACAUCUACACCUUCGUGUGACAUUUUCAACUCAGAAAUAGCAGUUGCCAGUAAUAAAGGAAGAAUUUUAAAUGCUGAUAAUUAUGAAAAUAAAGAUAAUCCCUCUUAAAUUAAUAAGAUAAAUUAAAUAAAUUAAUAAUAAUCAAAUUAAGCAAUUUAUCAACCCAGUUAGAAAAGCCAAUAAAUAGAACCUCAGAACUAAGAGUAAGAAGGUUUUACACAAUAAAAUUUUUAAAGACAUGUUAAUAAUCAACAAUCUCUUGCAAAAUGA